UCGGUUUUAAGCCAGCUGCUUUUCAACAUCAAAAUUCCGGCUAAAAUACGCAAAUUGCGCCUUUUAUCUUCGUUUAAUUUUGAGGCGACGAAAUGUCGACGACCAACGACGACACACCGCUCAAGAGCGACAAGGAUCUCGACUUAAACGAACUGGCCAAACGAGAGCUCUUCUCCUCGGACGUAGAAAUGGAAGUGCACGAAUCCGAUACGGAAUUCAAGGAAUCCAAUUUACCGUUAUUGGGUAAGUCGGACAGCGUGGAGACGAUUCCCUUUCGCCGGGACAGCGUGGAGACGGUUCCCUUUCACCAUGAAUCUGGGGAUGAUGCCAGGCCGACCAGCGUGGAGUCGGAGCCCCAUAGUAGAGCCAGCGCAGACAGGAAGAGGCGUGGAAAGGACAGUACGGAUACGGAACUCCAUAAGACGGGUCGCCGUAAGACCGACAGCAGAGUUCCUGAGACGAAAAGUACCUUGACCGAUUCGGAUGUGGAAAUGGUCUCAGCCAAAUCGGAUGCCAAAGAGUCGGAACCAACAAAGCAGGCGCGCCGCAGGAAGACCAAGGAGCGACCGGCACCCCCGCAAGCGCCACCGCAGAAGCUAAACUGGAAGCUGAACCUGCGUAUCUUGAUCUCUAAUUUGUACUUGAGCAGCGAGGACCGCCUGCCUGGCGCCUGUGUGCCCAAGUGUUUGCACAACACCGGCCAGUGUGUGGACAAGCACCGCAACUCCAUUCUGCCAGACGCCCCCAGCUUCACAGCCACUCAGGCACUGAGGACUACGCUGAAUGGUCAGCACUACGACACCUUCCUGGACAUCUUGGAGAUGAUGGUGCUGCAGUGUGUCUAUCCUGGCGACCGGAUCUUCGAACGGCUCUUAGACAUGACCAUGAUACUCAUAGCCAAGGACAUGAGCGUCAAGGAGCUGGGCGACACCUACAACAAGCUGAUACGCACCUUCUUCCUCCUGAUCGAUGCCUUUCCGCCCUGCUGGACGGCUCUGCGUCCCUACUACCUCAACUUCCUGGGCGUCGCAAAGCCCGCGGGGCGGGAAAAGCGCACGGAUAAUUCAACACCCCAGAAACUAAAGUUCUAUUUGGAUCUCCUUGAGGAGAACCUGGCUCAGUGUAGCGACGAGGACAUCCGCGAAAACACAAAGUUCUACGAGAAGUUCGUUUUCAAUUACUCCGAAGAGGAGGACGCCAACAUGUCGCAGGAGACGGUGUUCCUGCGUCACGUCCAUCAGUACGACUGGCUGAGUGGCAAGCUCUGCCUGGACGACUUCAAGAGGAUGUCGGCUUCGGUGCGCCUGGCCAGACUGUGCGACGUGCUUAACAUACUCACCUGGAUCCUGGAAAUGGAGUUUCUUUUGUGGCUGGACCACAAUCGCCUGCGCCAGGCGGAGUCCGAGUUCUUUCAGGAGGACACCAAGCCGUUUGUAUCGAUCGUCUUUGAAAUGACGGCCAGCACACGGCUUACCGACAUCGUUCGUCAGGUGAUGCGAUUGUACGGACUGGCGGCGUCCAAGUCCAUGUAUCCGGAAAGACAAAGGAUUCUCCAGCGCCUAAUAGUCCUCGCUGUGGAAGCUAGCAACACGGCGGAACUGAAGUAUGAGGAUAACAAGGCGAUAUUUCCGCAUCUGGGCCCCCAGACCCGCCUGCUGAUCGCUGAAUUCUUCAAGAUUUUCAAGUCAAAGAAUCCCAAGCACAUCAGCACAUACCUGAAGACCAUUCCGCAGCUGGCUCAGCCCUAUCUGCGCUACGAGUUCACAGAUCACUUUCUGCAGCUGUUCUACUUUCCCAAAAAGCUGCCCUUCGGUCCGGAGAAGGUUUGCGACGAGUUCACCGCUCGCCAGUGGGUGAAGUACAAGCCCAAGAGCGAAAUCGAAGAGGACGACGAACAAUUGUCGCGGGAGGAUUACCUCAAGUUGCUGCUCAAUGCGCUAAAGGACUACGACGCCUGGCUGAACCUCGCAGGCUUCUGGAAGUGCCUGAAAAACAAAAGGCAGGUGCAGCCAAUUCAGACGCGGACCAGCAGUCCGCUCGCCACGCCGGUGGGCGUGAUAACCGGCGACACGGGCAAGGUGUUCAUGCUGGACGAAAUGGAGGAGGAGGUGCACACCUGGAAGAAGCGCAUGGACACCAAGGUGAUUAUAGGCCGGCCUAAGGUUAAUCUACCGAUCGCCAGGAUCAAUACGGCCAAGAUGUGCGUGCGCUAUGGCGAGGAUGUGCGUCAAUUGCGCUACCUCCGCCGCCUGCUGCAGAACGAGGUGCAGAACGAAGAGGGGAUCGAUGUGUCCGAUUGGCUGAGCUAUCUGAACGCCUUCCUGGGCGACGAUGAGCCCAUGCCACAACCAGGGACUACGUCUGCCAACGAAUCGGAGGCAUCCUAGGCUAUCAUACUUGUAUACAUUAAGCUCACGAAAGUUCAAAUCAUGUUUAAGUUAUUCAGAGUUCAUUGAAGGAAGCGCUCAGCGGUAUCGUUUUGAAUAAGAUGCAUUAUUUUGCCAUUGUUUUCGUUUCUGUAUUUCUCCGUUGCAAAUAUAUAUAUAUAUUUAUGCGGUAACUAAAUACACAAUUACGUACACAUUUACAUAUAUAAAUACAGCUACUACGCUUGUACAUACAUUAAUAAAUAUAUAUGUAUAUAUGUGUA